AUGCUGCUCAGGCUAUUUCUGCUCGCUGUCCUCAUCUCACCAGGUAGGGUAACCUCCAGUUUGAUAUCCUGCAGAUUUAAAGGUCACAGGUCAGAAACACUUGUGUGUCUUUUGAAAGAUUAUCAGAGGUAAACUGUGUCAUGACAUCAGGGGGAAAAGGGACAUGGGUGGGCAUCUGUGGAUUGCAUCAGUUUUAGGGUUCCUAAAGCCAUUUGAGGUUAAAACUGAAAUGAUUGCUUCCUCUCUGAAAAAGUCAAAUAUUAUUUGCUUUAAAAUGACAAAUGUGAAUAUAAACAGACUAGUUAACUUCACUGGAGUAAAAACUUUGAGAUCAAGUUUUUCUGGUAGAGGCUUAUUUCAGAACUUAAAAGUGUACAGACCUGCUUCUGACUAAACAAGAGUAAAUUGAAGGAUUACAACAUUGUUUCUGUUUGUUCUCUCUUUUUGAAGUAAAGAUAGCACAAAAACUCCUGGAGUUUCAUUUUCACUUCAAUGUAUGCUGCUGUGAAGAAGCUCCACUCCAUCUAUCAUAUUUAAUAACCAGCUUUUUUCACAUGUGUGGGCAUCAACCCCCAUUGUUUCUUCACCAUCUGUUUGAAAGGUUUUAUGCUGUGAACGUCUAAUCAGAGCAAAGUUUAUACAAGGAUUAGGGAUAACCUAGUAUAACCAUUAGUGGUUUUAACAACAGUCAUCAUAUCCACUUUAUUGUUGUCUUUGUGAUUUUUUUUUGUCCCUCUUUUACUUUUAUCAUUCCAAUCAAUUUGCAUACAGCACGUACGUGUGCUCACAGAAAUGGGAAAUAGCUGAGCUAAACAAUGAACCCUGACUGGGAGGGACAGUAUUCAGCUCCUUUUAAUACUCACAUGUCUUUAUAAUUAAAGGAGCAAGCCUAACAAGUUUGGACAUGCCACUUUGGGGAGUAGCUGUCCUUCUAUUCUUAGGGUUAUUCUUCUAUGACUCUACAGUGUCCUCAUAAACGUGACUUUGAACCUGUAAUUUUCUUCCUCCAUAAUGACACUGAAAAUCUUGUCAAUCUCAGCCUGAUGGGGUUUCAGCAUUUGACAACUAAAUUCAGGGCAUUGUUUGUUUUUAAUACUGAUGUAGGUAAUAAAGAGGAUGAUUUUGAUUCCAAGUACUUAGUCUUUAGGAGAAGUCACGACUCAGAGGGAAACUUUUAAGCGAAAUCACACCUCAAGGCAGCAAAACUAUGAGUGCAAAGCAAUCCAGUCAGUUCUGUUUGGUUAUGAUUUUGAGUAGAAAAUGUCAAAUCACUACCUCGAGUCAACGCUAACACCCUGUUCUAAACAGUGUGAAUAAAGAAUGAAGAGGACACAUAAACACAAAACAGAUAAGUUAUUCCUUGACUUGUAUUAUCAGAUAUGAGAACGUGGAUCUAACGACCCAAAACCAACCAAACAGCUGUGAGAAAUAUUCACGUCAGUGUCCUGUGGAGUUUCACUUUUUUUAAGUUGCCAUUCAAAAAGAUGUGUAGCUCUUUAAGACAUGCAUUUGCAUGGACUGCAAUUAUUUUUAUUUAACAUCUGAGUAAAAAUCACUUCUGUGUUUUGCUUUCUUCCUCAUGGCUGCAGUGCUGUCACUGGAUUGCUAUGUGUGCAGUUCUUCUGCCACCAAUGACGAAUGCAACCAGAACACUCAGGAGUGUCAGGCGCCUCUGGAUACAUGCAUGACCACCAUCGAUAUUUUAGGUAAAGAUGAAAAUAUUCUGAUUUGAACCUCAGAUGUACUUCUAAAGAGCUUGGACAGAAGUUUAUCUUGUCAGAUUUAACUCUGUGCAUCCACUAAAAAUGUGUGAACCCAGAGAAAUUCAGUCAAACUCACCCAAACAUCCUACUGUCUGUGUCCAUGUGUGAUGGUUGUCCAGGUGCUACCACAGCCAUUGUGAAGCAGUGUGCCAGCCUGGCCACGUGCACAGGAGCCUCCAGCUCUGCCACUGUUGACUCCAACGGGAACGGGAACAUUGUCAACUGCUGCAACAGUUUUAAUUUGUGUAACUUCAGUGGAGCCGAGUCCAUUCACAUUCACUCUGUGCUGCUGCUGCUGACUGCAGGUGUGUUAUUCCUGUUGUCACGCUGAUGUCAGAAGAAAACAUCCUGAUGCUGUCUAAAAAUGUAAAAACUGCUGCUUUUUAAAGGAACACUGUGUGAUGGGAUAUCUUUCUGUAUGGACUGUAUCAUUAUGUGAUCUUAUUUAAUAAAAUGUAUGUAAAGACUGUUCUGUAAUUCUGCUGGACACAGAGCCUACUUGUUAUAUUAUAUACACACCAAAUUUAAAAUAUUGACACUGACAUCCUUUAGGUUGUUAUAUGUGAAUGUUGGUUAUAGUUUAUUACAGUAAAAAUCUUCCUUUUUUGUAACUCAAAGCUCUUCGGCUGAUUAGCUCUGUGCAAGUCUUUUGAAUGGUUUGAAGAAAAUACUGUUUUGUGGCUCACAGAUAAAAAAAUCACGGAACACUUUAUUUGACGUCUAUCUCUAUAAAGCAUUGUAAAUAUAUGUAUAAUGCAUUAUAAUCACAUUAAAGCACUAUAUAACUAGUUAUAAGCACUCAUAAAUUAUCAUAAUGCUUUACAACAAUAGUUAUAAGCACAUUAUAAAGCAUUUUAUCAUGACUUUCAAGGUCAGGUAUUAUAAUGUGUUAUAACUGUUAACAACAGUUGUAUUGCAUUAUCUAUGUGGGCAUUGUCAGUGAGUUGUUAAUAGUUGUAACACAUUAUAAUACCUGACCUUGUAAGUCAUGAUAAAAUGCUUUAUAAUGUGCUUAUAACUAUAAUUAUACAGUGCUAUAAUGUGAUUAUAACACAUUAUACAUAUAUUUACAAUUCUUUAUAGAGAUAGGCAUCAAAUAAAGUGUUACCAAAAAUCAACAUAAGACAAGAAAUGCAGGAUAUAAAGUGCUAAUACAACUAUAAUCAUGGUUAAGAAGAUCGUUAGUCUGAUUCCCAUUUCGUCAUUAUUUUAUUUCAUUGGUUUUUCCUCCUAUUUGACAAGAUGGCUGACUUAGCCCAGAAGACAAAAUAAAAACCAGUGUUUACUAGUACGAGAUCUGUACAAUUCACCAGUGAUACACACCAGUAUAGCUUAACAAUUUACCAACAUGAGCAGAUUUACGCAACAACAAGAUGAUAAAAUAGAUUGUUUUGUGUUUUUUGUUGAAGAUUUUUUAUCCCUGUACAACCCAGAUAGUUGAUAGAAUCAUUGCUGGCUAAACAUGGACAUCAAUCUGGGUUCAAAAGGGUUAAAAAAGGAUCAAUUGUUUUAGAUUUUGGUGCUGUGCAAAUAUGCUCUCUCCAUACCUGUAUGUCAUGCUAUACCGGUUCAGUCACCAGUAUAUUUUUAUAUAGCAGUAUGUCAAACUCCAUGUGGGGUCAGUGUUAACAAAGACACAAGUGAUUCGCUGUAUUUUCAGUUCCUUCUUCCAGUAAUGUGGCUCCACAUUUAAAGUGUUUCCCUGUUUUAGUGUGGGAAAUAUCUGGAAAGUUACACCUGACAGAUCCUGGAAUUCAAAGCACAAAGGUUCCAGUUAUGAGGUUUGUUCCUCGAUGGUUGAGGGGAAGGUUGACGGUGUUCUGUAGCUCCUAUCCCAAGAAGAACUAAGCAAUAUCUGUUAGUAGGGGAGAAGGAGGGGAGAGAGAAGAGGUAACACUUCUUACAGAAAUAUGUCUCAGAUAUGAUGUCCUCCUUCUCCUCCUGGGUGAAGACACUCAGACCCUUAAAUCCACCCUCUUUUCACUUUUUUCCUUUUGCUCAUCGCAGCCAAUGCUGGGACUGAUAACCAGAAGAGGAUGAAGCGUGUGACUGUUGAAAACAACACAAAAACACAUGGAGCCAGCUGA